UUUGCGGUUUUGUGGUUGCCGGAGCAACGUUACCCUAGAGCUGUUGCACUGCUUUGCUUUCGUUCUUUCUUUCUUUCUCGACUCGUAUCACCCAGCCGUUCUCGCGAGAGUCCGGCGGGGGCGUUGUAGUGCAGUGACCUCAUCCCUCCAGCAGCUGCAGCGAGAGGCGGAGCUGCAACUUAGUUUGUAACUAACUCCUUUCAACUUCCAACUGCACCAAGAGACGCUCGUUUUUGCUGGAAUAUUAAACUGGACUUUUAGUUUCACGGGGAAGAAGCAGCAGGAGAAGACAAAGACACCGGGAUACAGACGGUGAUGGUGAUAAACAAAAAAAGACAGAUCCCCGUUCUGUUACACUGAGAGGAGCGAAGUGCAGACAAGGAACGUUAUUACUAGGUUUGGGGUUUUUACAUGCGAAACGAUUUGGGAGAGAGUGAGCCAACAAGAUCUGCUUGAGACUAUAGGACAACUGGACAUAACCUGGGAGAGAAGACCUGUACAAGCUUGGAUUUGUUUCCUUGCAUGAUAUUUGCCCAAAGAGCUGAGGAGAGCUGUCUCUUUAAGAUAGUAAAAGUGUGAAUUUGUAACCCCAGACAUCAUGGGAGCACAGGAACGGCACAUUGCGAGACCCUGACUGUGAGACCCAUCAAAAGAGAUGCAGCAGCCGAUAGUCUGGGAUUGAACGCUGUCAUUGGAGCCACUUGUGUGUGUUAGCCUGUGUUCGUGUUCCCAUUCACCCCUGAAGGAAGCCUGGCAGCUCAUGCUGCCGAUAGACUGUGAGGAUUGGGGUCUCGAGAGGGGGUGGCUGAGCCCUGAUGGCAGACAUGGUCUUCAGCUGCUGAGACCUGCAACAACUUGGAAAUAUGACCAGCUUGAAACGCUCGCAGACUGAGCGUACCGUGGGGGGCGCGGUCCCGGCUGGGGACGAUUUCUACACCCGCCGCCUGCGUCUGCCCAAUGGAGGGGCCCCCCCUCCCCGCAGCGAGAGCGCCCACCUCUCGGGCUCCACCCCGGGGGUGCCUAAAAUGGGGGUGCGGGCUCGGGUGGCUGACUGGCCACCUCGGAAAGACAGUGGAGGGAGUAUCUGGCACAUUAGUCUGGAGCCUGAAAUAACAACGAGCACCAGCUGCAGCAGCAGCAGCAGCAACAACAACAGCAGCAACUUGAAAAUGGGCCACCUAAGCCCCCAGGACUCCUCCAUGCUGAGAAGCAUCCAGAACACCCUGAAGAGCAAAACCGCGGGUGGCGGCAACACUAGCAGCAUGGACGGGCGCUUUCUCUCCCCCGACUGCUAUCCUGGCUCCCCUCGCAGAGCCAUGAGGCGCAUCCGGCAGCGCAGCAACUCCGACAUCACCAUCAGCGAGCUGGAGGGUGGUGGCAGCGGAGAUGGGGAUGAGGAGAGGGGGACUCCCAGUUAUAAAUGGUCCCCGCUGCACCGGGAGUACGGCAGCACAUCCUCCAUAGACAAGCACGGUGCUUCCGGGGAAAGCUUCUUUGACAUGCUGAAGGGCUACCAAGGGGACAAGCCAGACCAGCGGAGCCAGCCGCCAGAGAAACUUGGGGAGCUGCUGGCCGGCGGGCAGAAGGUGAUGAGUGGAUUCGACACCCCAGAUGGGCCCUUGAGCUCCGGGGCUCAGCGUGGGAGUCCCUCAGGCCGCCUGAAGGAGCGGGAGAAGCACCUGAAGAGACGCUCCAAAUCGGAGACCGGGGGCGACUCCAUCUUCCGCAAGCUGCGCAGCGUUCGGGGCGAAGGGGACCAGCCGGGCUCCAGGGCAGGUUCGGAUCUGGAGGAUGGUGGGCGCUCGGAGGACCCCCAACACAAGCCCUGGAGCUGCCAGAAAGGGUUUGCCCACUUUGACAUUCAGAGCAUCCUGUUCGACCUGAAUGAGGCAACACUCAGCCGACAGAGCGCCAUCAGGAGGCGGAACACCACCACGGGAGCCUCUGCCGCGGCCGCUGCCUCCUCCUCCUCCUCUUCCUCCUUUUCCCUUUCCUCCCCCCAGACCGGAGCCUACAACUCUCCUUCGGGCAGCCAGGAUGACCUAACCUCCAAGGAGAACCUGGGCCUGGACCCUGGCGACGACAAGAGCAACGAGCUGGUGCUGAGCUGCCCAUGCUUCCGCAACGAGAUUGGGGGCGAGGGGGAGAGGAAGAUCAGUAUGUCCAAGCUGGGCACCAUCGGAGGUGGGGGAGGCAGCGGGGACGGCGGCCCCUUAGAGUCCUCGCUUGGCUCGCACUGCACCAACGCCGGUGUGGCCGUGCUGGAGGUGCCAAAGGAGAGCCAGGCCCAGCACAACGAGCGGGUCAAGAGAUGCAUCCUGGAGCAUGUGGACCUGGGCUGCCACUACUAUCGGAAAUACUUCUACCUGAGAGAGCACUGGAACUAUUUUGGGGUGGAUGAGAAUCUGGGCCCGGUGGCUGUGAGUCUCCGCAGAGAGAAGCUGGAGGACAGCAAGGAACAUGGGCAGCAGUACAACUACCGGGUCACCUUCCGCACCAGCGAGCUGACAACGCUGCGAGGCUCCAUCCUGGAGGACGCAGUGCCCUCCACCUCGAAGCACGGCUCUGCCCGUGGGCUUCCCCUGAAGGAGGUGCUGGAGUAUCUCAUCCCUGAACUCAACACACACUGCCUGCGCCUGGCCCUCAACACUCCCAAGGUCACUGAGCAGCUCAUGAAGCUGGACGAGCAGGGGCUCAGCUUCCAGUUGAAGGUGGGUGUCAUGUACUGUAAAGCAGGGCAGAGUAGCGAGGAGGAGAUGUACAAUAAUGAGUCGGCCGGACCUGCCUUUGAAGAGUUCCUGAUGCUGCUUGGGGAUCGCAUUCGACUGAAGGGCUUCAGCAAAUACCGGGCACAGCUCGACACCAAGACGGACUCUACUGGAACUCACUCUUUAUACACCGUGUACAAGGACUAUGAGAUCAUGUUCCAUGUGUCGACCAUGCUGCCCUACACUCCAAACAACAAGCAGCAGUUGCUGAGGAAGCGGCACAUCGGGAAUGACAUUGUGACCAUCGUGUUCCAGGAGCCCGGGGCCCAACCCUUCAGCCCCAAGAAUAUCCGCUCGCACUUCCAGCACGUCUUUGUGGUGGUGCGGGCGCACGAGCCCUGCUCCGACAACACCUGCUACAGCGUUGCUGUAGCCCGUUCCAAAGAUGUCCCCUCCUUCGGCCCGCCAAUCCCCAAGGGGGUGACAUUCCCCAAGUCCACGGUGUUCCGGGACUUCCUGCUGGCCAAGGUCAUCAACGCGGAGAAUGCGGCGCACAAGUCGGACAAGUUCCGCGCCAUGGCCACGCGCACGAGACAGGAGUACCUGCGGGACCUGGCGGAGCGCCACGUCACCAGCACCCCCAUCGACCCCUCAGGCAAGUUCCCCUUCAUCUCCCUGGCGUCCAAGCGCAAGGAGAAGAGCCGGCCCUACAGCGGCGCGGAGCUGCGCAGCCUGGGUGGCAUCACCUGGCACGUGCUGGCCGAGGACUACAGCAGCGGAGGGGCGGAGGUGGAGGGGCUGCUCGCCAUCUCCAACGAGUACCUGGUAAUCAUCGACCGCGAGGCCAAGAGCACCGUGUUCAACUGCUCGGUGCGCGACGUCAUCGGCUGGACCCACAGUAGCCCCACCACACUCAAGGUGUUUUACGAACGCGGGGAGUGCCUGUCCUUUCACACCGUCGCAAACAACUACGAAGACUUCCGUGAGGUCGUCAAGCGCCUGGAAUUUCUGACGAAGGGCUGCAAUACGAACGAGAUGACGCUGCGGCGAAACGGCCUGGGCCAGCUGGGCUUCCACGUGAACUAUGAGGGCAUCGUGGCCGAGGUGGAGCCCUACGGGUACGCGUGGCAGGCGGGGCUGCGGCAGGGCAGCCGGCUGGUGGAGAUCUGCAAGGUGGCCGUGGCCACGCUGUCCCACGAGCAGAUGAUCGACCUGCUGAGGACCUCGGUGACCGUCAAGGUGGUCAUCAUCCCCCCGCACGAGGACUCGACGCCACGCAGGGGCUGCUCGGAGAUGUAUCGGAUGCCCGUUGUGGAGUACAAGACCAACAAUGAGGGGGCUCCUUACGAGUACAAGCUCCCCUUCCGCAACCACAGCAAGUGGCAGCGCACAGCCUCCAGCCCCCAGCAGUCUCCCCCGCAGGGCCACGCCGGCAGCACCCCCAGCAGGGCUGUGUCUGUGGGGGGCAGCAUGGGGAAGGCACAGGGCCAAGAGAGGGGGGAGCGGUGCGCCAUCAUCCCCCGCAGUGUGUCCAGCGACGGCCGCCCGCUGGACCCCAAGAGGUUCUCCCCUGGCUCUAACAGUAAUUACGCCCUGGUGUCCCAGCAUGGCAGGAACUCUCCCAGCAGCCACUCCUACUCCAGCGAUACCGGCUCAGGGGGUGGCUCCCACUGGAGACAGAAAUCCGUACCUGAGGGGUUCGAAGUGAGGCAUUCCCCUCUGUCUGUGGACCGGCAGAGCAUCGGGGAGACGGGCAGCAGCGGCAAGUCCACGCCCAGCUGGCAGCACAACCAGGAGGCGGACAUGGGCAGCGCAGGCUCCGAGAGGCCAGCACAUGAUCCCUCCAGUCACCCCCCACCCUCCUCCAAGGUGCCGCCCCCCUACAGAGAGAGCAUGAGUGGACCGCGCAUCCAGAGACAGGAGCAGGUCAUCCACCUCUCUCCCAACAAGCACGGACAGACAGAGGCUCCCUACUCCAGCCACUCCAGCAGCAACACCCUGUCCAGCAACGCCUCGAGCGCGCACAGCGAUGACAAGUGGUAUGAGAUCGGGGGUGGGGUUGGGGAACGGCCAGACUCGGAGCUCAACGGCUUUGGGGGCUUCCUGCAGGGGGCAUCAGCGGACAGCGGCAUUGACACCACCUCGUACAGCGCCACUUCCCUCCCAGGGGGCAAAGACAAGGCCCCCUCGCCCUGGCAGAGCUGCGCAGAGGGGGGCAGGGAUCACCACCCCCCUGCCGCAGAGUCCCCCGGCCCUCCAGGCCCUUCCGAGAGCCACGCCAAAAGCCCCAGCACCUACCCCCCCCUGGCACGGGACAGCAGCACCCACAGCCUGAGCGACACAGCCUCCCACUCCAGCACCCUCAGCUCCCGGCACUCAGGCAGCCCUGUGGUGUUUGGCUCCAGCCGGGGCUCUCCGCGGGAGGACUCUCACUCAGCGACCUCCCCUUCCUCCCAGACCUCCCUCUCCCCCGGCCCCAAGACCUUCUACCCACGUCAGGGGGCCACCAGCAAGUACCUGAUCGGCUGGAGGAAGCCCGGGGGCACCAUCAACUCUGUGGAGUUCGGGGACACCAGAAAGCGUCACCAGAGCGAUGGUCCAGAGGCGAGUCAGGCUCAGCUCCGCCCCUCCGUUCGAGACCUGCGCUCUCCCCAGCGCCUCUGCAAAUCCACUGUAGAGGAAGACCUGAAGAAACUCAUCAACCUCGACAGCCCUCCACCCAGUCUAAAGGACCAGCACAAGCCCUCUUUCCCCAGCUCUGCUCCCUGCCGGCGCUCGCUCCACAGGACUCUGUCUGAUGAGAGUAUCUACAGCGGACAGAGGGAGCCCACCUUCUCCUCCCUCCUGGACCAGGCCCUGCCCAACGAAGUCCUGUUCAGCAGCACGCGUCCUCUUGCCCCCAGCACACUGCCCACCCGCCGGCCCUCCUACAUCCUGGGGGUUAAGAGCCUGCACGGGGAUCUGUCUGCCUCAGACACCUCUCUAUCGGAGCUCCACCGGGCCCAGCAGGACCCCGGGCUCAUGCCUCUGCCCAACACAGGCAUGGACUCCGGCCUGGACUGGUCACACCUGGUGGACGCUGCCAAAGCUUUCGAGGACCAGAGAGCCUCUAUAUUGAGAGGUAAUGAAGUGAACCCAGGUCAUGAGAGUGCUGCUACCAGCCCCCAGCAGCCAGAGCGCCAGCCCUCCCCGCAGUUCAGACUCGGCUCCAGUGAGGUCCCUUCCAGCCUCACUGGGAAGGUCAGUCAGCUCGAAUCAAUAGUGAAAUUACUUCAGGAAGAUUUAAAGAAGGAAAAGGAAGACAAAGCCGUGCUGCAGAUGCAGGUGCAAAGCCUCCGAGAGGACAACCAGAGGCUGCAGGAGGAGUCUCGGAACGCCUCGGCCAAGCUGAACAAAUUCACAGAGUGGGUGUUCAACACCAUCGACAUGAACUGAGCCUUGAGACUGACGAGAGAGACACAGAGAGAAGGAGGGGGGUCCCAUGGCUGCCAG